CUUCUCUCUGCUGUGGGACUCAGCAUUCAGUCUGCAAAGUUCACUGGGGAACCAGACGCUCUAUUGAAGAAGAGUCUCUAUUUGUACCAGGAUCAUAAACACUGUGGAAAAGUGGACUAUUUGUUUUUUUACAUUUAACCAGCUGUUGCAGCAGAAAUGUCAGGGAUUCGGAAGAAGCUGGUGAUUGUUGGAGAUGGAGCUUGUGGGAAAACAUGUCUUCUUAUAGUUUUUAGUAAGGACCAGUUUCCUGAGGUUUAUGUCCCUACAGUAUUUGAGAACUACAUUGCAGAUAUCGAAAUUGAUGGAAAGCAGGUGGAGCUUGCAUUGUGGGAUACUGCAGGCCAAGAGGACUAUGACAGACUGAGACCUCUCUCUUACCCCGACACAGACGUCAUCCUUAUGUGCUAUUCUAUCGACAGCCCCGAUAGUUUAGAGAAUAUUUCUGAAAAGUGGACUCCUGAGGUGAAGCACUUCUGUCCCAAUGUUCCAAUCAUCCUGGUGGGGAAUAAGAAAGAUCUGCGUAACGAUGAAAACACACGAAGAGAACUGGCCAAGAUGAAGCAGGAGCCGGUAAAGACAGAAGAUGGAAAAGAGAUGGCCAUUAGGAUCAAAGCUUUCGGCUUCUUGGAGUGCUCUGCAAAGACAAAAGAUGCUGUUCGUGACGUGUUUGACAUGGCAACAAGAGCAGCCCUGCAGGUCAGAAAGUCCAAUAAAACUAUCAAAGGCUGCAUGCUGCUGUGAGCCACACCCAGGCCUAACAGCCUUUACUGACCAGUGAAACUAAAGCAGGAUGCACCAAAGGACUGACUUUUCAUCAAAUGGAUCUUUGUACUGUAUCUCUUUUUUUUAUUUAAGGAAGAAACAAACUGGCAGGCAAGUGGGUUGAAGACAAACAUACAAAGUACAGGGAAUGGGCAUUAUUGUAUAUUAUUAUGACUAAAAGUGAUGUUUAAAGCCUUUUUUGUUGUUGUUGCUUUUGUUCCAUUCUGUUAUUUCAAGACUUGCUGUGUUUUUCUACUCGGGUAUUUUUUUUUUAAGCCUGGGCAAACACCAUCCUUUUCAGCUUCUGUUGUCUUUACAGAAAUAGUCCGGUGUUACAAGUCCAGCUAUGUUUACAAGGGAAAUGCCCUUUAACUGGUAGAGCUAUUGCCUGCUUUAACUUUGCACAUACCCAUCUAUGUACCCUGCAUUUUGAAUGGGCUAAAAUAUGAACAGAGGACCUUUUCGAUAUGUUGUAACAAAUCAAAACAGUUAGCCCCUCUGGCAGAUACAGAAAAUGGCUGCUUGGGCUCCUGUACAUUCUCAGGUUUAUGUCUACAAACAGUAUACAUGAGACAGUCUGUGGCUUCUAAUGCAAGGGAAAUUAUCUGUGAAGGAAUAAGUUUUCCAAUUGCCAGACUUCUCCUCGAUAAGCAUUAUGUCAUCAGUGGAUGAUCUGAGGGAGAGGUGACCAGCUGAGACAGAAGUCAGUGUGACUCAUAUGUGCACAGUAACAGUCAGGAGCAAAAGGAAGUCUGCGUAUUGAAGAUUCCACAAAGGUCAUGGCCUGUUUGCUUAUUGCACAUUUUUCUGCUUCUUUUCAAAUGAACCAGUCACACCUGCUGCUGGAAUCUAAACAGUCGACCAUUUGGCCCAGUCAUGGAAAUCACAACCUGUUUAAACAUCUCACAUUUCCAGUAAGAAGUUCUGUUCAUGUCUGAGAAAAGCAAAGAAGAGUAAACUUCUUGACAUGUUUAAAAGGCUUCCCUAUGAUUUAUCUGCUUUGGAAGAUAGCGUAGUAGCUUAUUUUCCCUGUUGAGAAAUACUGCUGUAGUUUGAAUUUUAAACUCCAGGAUGAAUUACAAAAACUGACAAAACAAAAAAAGUUAUUGCUUUAUAGUUGCGUACCUACGUACAAAUGAACUCAUGCCAUUUUAUAGCAGCAAACCUCAACCUUUAAGCUAGUAAUGCAUUUACUUUUUGCCUGUAUUGCUCAUUUGUCUCCAAAGCUUUUUCACAUGAAGAGUUUAUAUAUUUUGAGUUCAUCAUGCUGCCUUACAAUGCACAGAACCAAGCACACGGGUAGUAAGAUGUGCAGCUAUUGCCUUACACUGCAGCAUGCAAAUCAAGCCUAACAUCAUUUCUGGUUAAUGACUGAGCAACAGUGUAGGUUAGAUCCUGAAGUGCUGAUUUUAAGAAGCUCAGCAUGAAGGCAAAAACACAUACUGGAGAAUAUAUGUAGAUUUAGACCUAGAUUUAUUUUGUCAUUUUGUAUACACAAGUGUAAACAAAAAGAAAUUUAGUUAAGAAUGAUUUCCUUAAUUAAAAAAAAAAAUAUUAAUCUAGAGGCCUUGUGUUAUGUGAUAGCUGGGGCUUCAUUUGGAAGGUUCAUUAAGCUCUAAGCUAAUGAAUUUUCAGGAGGCUUUUAAGAAAACCGUAUA